UCGAGAGUUUUGUAAAAACAUAUUUCGCCGCGACGAGUUCGCGCAUGCGCGAACAUCUUACUACAGGUCAAAUUCGUAGUUUAAAGCUUAGAAUCCAUGCGUAUGGUUAAGUAAAGCAGCGAAUGAGUAGUAUUGUUUUGCGGUGAAGUUGAUCUUGAAAUUUAUGUAUGCACAGAAUUCCUAGAAACUCUUGCGUGGAUUUAUACAGUGAAGAUAGAGUCACGCGGAUUAUUUAUUAAAUACUAUAUCGACCAUAGGUACCACCAUCUGUUCUAUCAAUUCUAUCGUGACAUUUUGAGACGAAAACAAACAAUUAGUUCUGUGCGAUCUUUCUCGAAUAGCGUGUCGCGUAUUAUAGAGCGCACGUUGUAGAUAAAUAUAUCGUUGAGUGUAAUAUUUCAAUUUCCAUCACUCUCGGUUUAGUACGCAUUUACGUAUCGUUAUACGUAUUACAGUAAGUGCCCUGCAUUUCCUGAUUAACGGCAAGUGAACAAUAGAGGUUAGCGUCUGAAAAAUAGUUCAAGGAUUCACAUUGUGUGACGAAGUGUCUUCUAACGUAUUUUAUCAUACUCUUUUUUCACGAGACUUGCGCCAAAAACGUAUAUGUUACACAACGCCGAUGCUUUUGUGAGAUUCUUCAUAAGCACUGCCUGUGAAGACGUACACUCGAAGGCCAAAGCACGUUUUCUUGAGUUCUCGGUGGUUCAAAAUGACAAAUGCAAUGGGAGGAACAAAUCUCCAUACACCUUCAUCCAUAUUUCAACAUAUGAUGAAUCAGCAAAAUACUUCACAACAACCAGAGACAUGGAUGCAAAUACCACAGGUGCCUCCAAUGUCUAUACCAUGGAGUGUACCAUCUCUCCAACAACCAGAAUUAGUCAGAUUUACCGGAGGACCAAGUUUCGAAUCAAUUCUUCAUCAGAAGAGAAAACUUGAGACCUGCGAUCUGCUAGAUAUGAGACAAACGAAACAGUUUAUAACAGAAGAAAAAAUGGCUGCACAUUUUAAAGGUUUACAUAUUAGUUCCAAUUAUCAACAGUCUUCAGUGCCAUCAACUUCAACAGCUGACUCACAACCAGUUAAUCCUAGGGAGUUGAAUAUGGAACUAGAAUUGGAUACAGCUAAUGCAGAUCAAAUCAAAACUGGACCCAGGCUAGUUCUUUCAGAGGAACUGAAGAGAAUCCAACAUGAACCAAUCCUUCCAAAUUCCCUGUUAUCCAAAUUGGAAAGGCCCUCCAUGGCUUUAGUCCUUUGGGAACCACCGAGCAAACAUCUUCGUAUAUUUCCAACUAGAGAUACACCAACUCCGAUUCCUAAUACGUCUGACGAUAAUAAUAACAAUGAUAAUAACAACAAUAAUAAUAAUAAUAACAACGAAGCGAUUGCUGAUUUGAAUCAGACGAUAUCGAACAAUUCAUCAAUUUUCGAGCCAAUGGAAUUAUGAAGGCAAUUCGUUAUUUACCGAGACGAGCGAACUGAAGAGAUACGUAGGGAUGAAGACAAAGAUUGGAUGCUCCAACGAUCACAGUGUCGCAUACUCCAGUUCGUAUCAAUCUGUAAGCUUGGUCCAAUGCGACUAAGCUAGAACUGCAAGCUGUAUCAAUCGCGUAAGAUGGACCAUGUAAACCAAAAAAAUAGGAGAUCCUGUUGGCCAACAUGGCUCUGCUGCAUCCAGUAAUACCAAAACCAUUCGCCUGAAAUAUAUUUGGAGUAGAAGCAUAUUCAGGAAAUAAUUUUGCAGAACUAUUAGCUUUUAAUAUUUACAAAGUAUUUAUAAAACAUUAGGGAACUAUAAUUUACGAAUGACGCCAAAAACGUUUACUUGUAAUUUUUCGUAAAACCAAGUCUUCUCUGACUCGCUGAUACAAGAUCCUAUAACAACUCCCGUAUUGGUCCCUUUGAGUUGUCUAGGAUUUAUUCCUGCAUCGACGAUGGCUUCGUACGCAUUCUCCAGCAAAAUCCGACACAUAGGAUCCAACGUAUGAGCUUGUUUGUAAUGAACGCCGAAGAAGAUAGCGUCGAACUUGGAUAAGCCAGACAGCUUACCACCAGCCUUUGGAAUUUCCGCAUGAUCUGCCAAUGUACAAGGUUUCAUCGACAUUCUGAAUGGCUCUAAGUUAAGUCACACUUACCUUGUCUCCAUCUUGAAUAGUUUUCCGUGAUAAGGUCUACUUUGUUCAUCAAAUUGUUUUUCAGCUCUAUUAUAUUGUUACUUUCCGGAAACCUCCCAGAGAUGCCAGUAAUCACCACUUCUUCUCCUGGUUCCGUCACCGCGUAAUUCACCUUCAACGGAUCUACUCGUGCGUGGCAAGACAUCCUUGUUUUCUCUUUACACUUUACUUUACUUAUAAAUUUUUCUUUCUUCAAUUGUUUGAUUAUCUUUAUAUCUUCUUUCGAUUUUGUUCAGUCAGUCGUGCAUAUAUUAAUGAAGUGUUCUCGAGUAAUCAAUCAGUAUCAAUAUUGUCGCCAAGACCAUGGAUACAAUUGAAGACUGAAGAAACAGAGAAAGGCUUCUUAUAACAGACUUUCCCCUCCAUGUGGUAAUUCGAAUUCUCUUCUGAAUAUUCCUGAAGUUAAUCUGUAUAACGAUUACCGGUCGAAAUGACCCCUGAAAAUCUAAUGGACUGAAUUUCGUUGCCCAAAGAGCUCGACGAAUUAAAAAAUAUAAUAUGCAAUAAGAUAUAUCUAGUAGUGAUAUUGAUGUUCAUUUUUAUAAUAAGAAGGUUGACGGACAAGAAAAAAGGAAUUAAUAAGAGUUUAUUCACUUUGUUACUUAUUUGGUAUAAAUCAUUCGAGAAUAUUACGUUUUUAUAAUGAAUUUUUGUCAAUUAAUAUGCAAUAUUAAAAAUUGUUUCUUCUUUUACGAAAAA